AUGGCCGAGGCUAACAAGAGGAAUAUCCCCAUCAAGCUGGGCGACUUCAGCGUCAUCGACACGGAGUUCAGCAACAUCCGCGAGCGCUUCGACUCCGAGAUGCGCAAAAUGGAGGAGGAGAUGGCCAAGUUCCGUCACGAGCUGAUGAACCGCGAGGCGAACUUCUUCGAGUCCACCAGCUCUACUAAAAAAACAACAACGACCAGCUCAACGACAAACUCGGCACUGCCAUCCCGUAUCCCAAAGCAACAGAACUACGUCUCCGACAUUAGCUCACCCUUGAUCCAGGAUGAGGGCGACAACAAAGUGCUGAAGCUGCGCUUCGAUGUCAGCCAGUAUGCGCCCGAGGAAAUUGUGGUGAAAACCGUCGACCAGAAGCUAUUGGUGCACGCCAAGCACGAGGAGAAGUCGGACACAAAGAGCGUGUACAGGGAGUACAACCGGGAGUUCCUGCUGCCCAAGGGCGUGAAUCCCGAGUCCAUCCGCUCGUCCCUCAGCAAGGACGGAGUCCUGACCGUGGACGCCCCCCUGCCAGCACUCACCGCCGGCGAGACACUGAUUCCCAUUGCGCACAAGUGAAGGCCAGCCCAGUUGUCCAGUUGUCCAGCUAUCCAGUCACCAUGGUCCCGGGCGGGCGAGAAGCAAGAGGAGCAGGAGGAGUGCGAGCUGCCGCCGAUCAGAUUAAAUCAUACACACAUUGAGUUUAAUCCAAUCCUAUCUAAAUGAUUAAUUUUUUUGGUUCUGACUUAAAGCUAAACUAUGUUACUGACGUACUACUCAUUAACUUAAAUAUAAUUGAAAUUAUUAUUAAAUUUGAUUAAUUUAAUUCAUAUUUAUAAUUUUCGCAUUAAACGUAAUCAAUUUUGUCGUA